UUUAUCAUGUCUAUAAAAUCCCAAACAGUAGCUCGUAAUUUUAUCAUCUUAUUAUCAUCUCAUAAAUCCACAAUCUUCUACUUUAUUCUUGUCAAUCAAGUUCUCUCGUGUUUAGUUUUCUUCGGAAAUGGCUGGUUUGUUGGAGUUGACAGCAGAAGAACAAGCGAGCUUAGACGAGUUAAUCAAAGAAACAGAGAACUCGUCUGAGUUGGAGGAUGCCGUCGCUGCUGAAAAUGAAGGGCAAGACAAUUCCAAUGAGCCUGAAUGUAAAUAUAUCGUGCUGAGAGGGGACUUACGAAAUCAGACACCUGGACCCUUGGACGUUUAUGAAAAGCAUAUAUGGGCGGGAGUUAUGCUCAAAAACUUCCCAGAUCCUCUUGAGAGGACAGGUUAUUUCAUCAUAAAAGGCAUCCAGCCCAAGGGCGUUGAGGCGGCAGUGGUGUACGCCGGCAAGAAUUCUGGUGGUGUUGAGUGUGGUUGGCUCCUUGCUUUCAUGGAUUCCGAUCAGUACGGUGGAAGGAAGGUUUAUGUGGAUUGUGGGCGUAUAAUCAAAUUCCGGAACAUAAACUGGAGGGAGGUUAAAGAAAAGCUGGAGCAUUCCAAUGACACAGCAAGGCAUUAUGACUCAGAGACAAGAACCUCAGCGGUUGCGAAAAUUGUUCGCGCUGGUUGCUUUGGCAGCACUUGCAAAGAUCAGCUUGCUGCAAUCUUCUCUGGUUAAUUAAACUUGACAUCAAGCGAUCGAUAAACAAUAUAAUAAUGCAGUUGUGGAACAAUAUCUACUGUAUAAUCAUACUCCGUACUAUUAUCAUAAUAUGGUUUUUUCAAUUUUUGUUUUUCUGAUUAUAAUGAAUUUAUGAAUUAUGAGGGGCAGUUCACCUGUAAGAACAUAUAUACACGCUCUUACAUGUAGCUACUUCUUCAAUUCGCUUGUUUCUAUUUGUAUCUGUAUUAAAUAAAUGAACGUUUUUUUAAUGAAAUGCCCCUGAGGUUUCACGAAAUUCACCAAAUACCCCUGCGUGGUUCA